CUCUCUUCCAUUUUCCUCCGCCUCUGGUUGUCAAGAAGAUGGCAGCUUCCAGGCAGGCAUGAGAGGAAAUACUUCUUCGCAAAUCGAAUGAAUUUGGAUUAUUAUCAUAAGAUAAGCCCUCGAAUAAGUGCUUUUGCAACUACUGCAUCGAAAUAGAAGUCAUGUCUGCCCCUGGCUCCGCGGUGUCUGGGACCACAGUGUCGGUCCUGCAGCCCCGGUGGAAACGGGUCCUCGGAUGGUCCGGUCCGGUUCCCCGGCCCAGACAUGGACACAGAGCUGUGGCCAUAAAGGAACUCAUGGUUGUGUUCGGCGGUGGAAACGAAGGGAUUGUGGACGAACUGCACGUAUACAACACUGCAACAAACCAGUGGUUUAUCCCAGCAGUCCGAGGUGAUAUUCCUCCUGGUUGUGCUGCGUAUGGGUUUGUUUGUGAUGGCACAAGGUUGCUGGUGUUUGGUGGAAUGGUUGAGUAUGGAAAAUACAGCAACGAUCUCUAUGAGCUACAGGCUAGCAGAUGGGAAUGGAAAAAGCUGAAGGCAAAAAACCCCAAGAAUGGUCCCCCUCCUUGUCCUCGUCUUGGCCACAGUUUUUCCCUGGUUGGCAACAAAUGCUACCUAUUUGGUGGACUCGCCAAUGACAGCGAGGACCCAAAAAACAACAUUCCCAGAUACCUAAAUGAUCUUUACACACUCGAGCUGCGUGCUGGUUCCAGCGUGGUUGGAUGGGAUAUUCCGAUCACAUAUGGAGUUUUGCCUCCUCCCCGUGAGAGCCACACGGCUGUGGUAUACACAGAAAAGACGAGCAGGAAAUCUCGCCUGAUUAUCUAUGGAGGGAUGAGUGGUUGCCGUCUUGGAGAUCUGUGGACCCUCGAUAUUGAUACCCUGACAUGGAACAAACCAUCAGUAAACGGGACAGCACCGCUCCCCAGAAGUCUUCAUUCUGCCACCACCAUCACAAACAAGAUGUAUGUUUUUGGAGGAUGGGUUCCUUUGGUGAUGGACGAUGUCAAAGUAGCAACACACGAGAAGGAGUGGAAGUGCACAAACACUCUUGCAUGUCUAAACCUUGACUCAAUGUGUUGGGAGACGGUGUUAAUGGAUACUCUUGAAGAUAACAUCCCUAGGGCCCGUGCAGGCCACUGUGCUGUGGCCAUUAAUUCCAGACUUUAUGUUUGGAGCGGUCGUGACGGAUAUCGUAAAGCUUGGAACAACCAAGUCUGUUGUAAAGACCUCUGGUACCUUGAAACAGAGCGGCCGCAUGCCCCUGCCAGGGUGCAGUUAGUCCGUGCCAACACAAAUUCUCUGGAGGUGAGCUGGGGUGCCGUCUCAACUGCUGACACCUACUUAUUGCAGCUACAGAAAUAUGAUAUCCCUGCAACUCCAGCCUCACCAGCCAUGAGUGCAGCGCCCUCGCAGCCUUUGAACUCUCCUAAGAGCCCUGCACCAGCUGCUGCAGCACCUUCUGCUCAGAGCCUACCACAGACAGCUGUUUUGAAGGUUGCAGCACAACAGUCUGCCACAGGCACAUCUCUUGUCACAGUCCGCCCCAGCCAGCCUGGGAAAUCCCCUAUCACUGUGACAUCCCUUCCUCCAGGUGUACGAAUGGUAGUGCCUGCUCAGACCACACAAGGAUCACCUCAGAUGAGUGGCAUGGCAGCUCUUGCUGCAGCUGCAGCAGCAACACAGAAGAUACCGCCUUCCUCUGCAGGCACUCUCCUCAAUGUUCCUGCAGGUGCUACCAUUCUUAAGACCGUAGCGAUGUCUCCGGGCACAACCACAGUGAAAGUUGCUUCUCCAGUCAUGGUCAGUAACCCAGCCACACGGAUGCUCAAAACUGCUGCAGCUCAGGUGGGCACAGCAACUGGCUCCUCUCCCACCACAAGACCCAUCAUUACUGUCCACAAGUCUGGGGCAGUCACAGUGGCCCAGCAGGCCCAAGUGGUAACCACAGUGGUUGGAGGGGUCACCAAGACCAUCACCCUUGUUAAGAGUCCCCUCUCUAUGGGCAGCGGUGGCACAUUGAUCUCCAACCUUGGCAAGAUGAUGUCUGUGGUGCAAACCAAGCCAGUGCAAACAUCAGCGCACACAGGCCAGGCUUCAACUAACCCUCUCACACAGCUCAUACAGACAAAGGGUCCUUUACCAGCUGGCACCAUACUGAAGCUGGUGACCUCUGCAGAUGGCAAGCCAACAACCAUAAUUACAACUUCCCAGGCAGGAGGACCAGGAAAUAAGCCCACUAUCCUCAACAUCAGCGGUGUCUCUCCUACCACCACAAAGCAGGGCACCACCAUCAUUAAGACUAUCCCCAUGUCAGCCAUCAUGAGCCAGUCUGGAGCUACAGGUGUGACGAGCAGCACGGGCAUGAAAACACCAAUCACAAUCCUUACCACAAAGGUGAUGACCACUGGAACUCCUGGUAAAAUCAUCACCGCAGUGCCCAAACUUGCCACUGCAGCCGGCCAGCAGGGACUCACACAGGUGGUUUUGAAAGGUGCGCCUGGGCAACCUGGUACUAUUUUGCGCACUGUGCCCAUGGGCACAGUGGGUGGUGUUCGACUUGUUACACCGGUGACAGUGUCUGCAGUUAAGCCAACUGUCACCACUCUAGUUGUCAAGGGGACUACUGGUGUCACCACUCUUGGAACAGUUACUGGUACAGUCUCUUCUAGCUUGGCAGGAGGCGCAGUGGACAGUUCCAACGCUUCUUUGGUUACCCCCAUCACCACAUUGGGUACAAUUUCUACCCUGUCCAGUCAGGUGAUCAGCCCAUCUUCCAUAACUGUGUCAGCUGCUCAGACAAGUUUGACCUCUGCCUCAUCAUUGCCCUCCUCUACAAUCACAGUUCAGAACCAGCCCACCCAGGUGACUCUAAUCACAACCCCCAGUGGUGUAGAAGCUCAACCCGUGCAGGAUCUACCAGUGUCGAUCCUUGCUUCACCAACCUCGGAGCAGCCCAGCUCUGCUGAGGCUGGAGCAGCUGGAGAGGGCUCUGGGACCGUCACCUUGGUCUGCUCCAACCCGCCCUGUGAGACCCACGAGACUGGAACCACCAACACGGCCACCACCUCCUCUGCCACCAUUGGAGCAGGAAAGGUCUGUUCCAAUCCGCCCUGCGAAACCCACGAGACUGGAACAACCAACACGGCCACCACCUCCUCUGCAACACUGAAGGCAGGACAGGUGUGCUCGAACCCCCCCUGCGAGACCCAUGAGACUGGAACAACCAACACAGCCACAACUGCAUCUUCAAACAUGUCCACUCCGCGCAUGUGCUCCAACCCGCCAUGCGAGACCCACGAAACUGGGACAACUAACACAGCUACUACAGCCUCGUCUAAUAUGGGAGCAGCCCAAAAGGUGUGCUCCAACCCACCCUGUGAGACCCAUGUGACGGGGACAACCAACACAGCCACCCAGUCUUCAUCAAACAUGAGUGCAGGCCAAACAGGCACAGCUCAGAGGGUUUGCUCAAAUCCACCCUGUGAAACACAUGAGACUGGGACCACCAACACCCCAUCUACAGCCACCUCCAGCAUGGGAGGUAGCGAGCAGACCAGCACAGCAACAGGCACGGUCCAAAGGGUUUGCUCCAACCCGCCCUGUGAAACCCACGAGACUGGGACCACCAACACAGCCACCACCGCCACCUGCAGUAUGGAGACAGGCGAAGGCACAGCCACCCAGCAGACAGAAGAAGGAGCAGAAGGUCCCAGCAGCACAGAGGCAGCCUCCACCACCACGGCAACUGGCCCAGCUACCACCGCCCAGAGCAGGGCAAUCACUACCGUCACACAGUCGACACCAGCUCCUGGACCCUCUGUACCUUCAAUAUCAUCAAUCACAGAGGGGGUGAGCACUGCUGCAAGCUCUACAGAGGAACCAAUGCAAACUGAUGAGACAGCAUCAGCAGAAGCUGCAACUGCAGAGGAGGGAGCUACCGCCAUGGAGACACAAGCACAGGGAGAAGCAGCCACUGGAACAGCUUUGAAUCUGCCCUCAGAGCUGAUGUCUGAGGGUCAGGGAGCCACACUUAUGGUGACUGGUCUUUCAGACGAGGAGCUGGCCGUGACUGCAGCAGCAGAAGCCGCUGCUCAGGCAGCAGCCACUGAAGAAGCCCAGGCUCUUGCUAUCCAGGCUGUCCUCCAGGCAGCUCAGCAAGCCGUAAUGAAUGAAAGUGUUAACACUGGAGAGAGCCAGCAACCCACCAGCAUCCCCAUCAUGCUGACCCAGCAGGAGCUAGCAGCACUGGUCCAGCAGCAGCAACAGCUACAGGAGGCUCAGGCUGCUGCGCAGCAGGCUAGCGUGGACGCCAGCAUGCCUACUGAAGGCCUUGCCCCUGCUGACAGCCUCAAUGACCCCUCUGUCGAAAGUAAUGGACACAAUGAGAUGGCUGCCGCAGUGACCAGUGCUGUGGCAUCACUGCUGCCACGGACCACUGCUGAAACACUCGCUCCAUCGAGCACAUUUGCGCCGUCUAUAUCGGUGGCAAGUCCAGCCAAGCUGCAAGCAGCAGCUGCUUUAGCAGAGGUUGCCAAUGGCAUUGAGGGAGAGAAGCCGAGUCCUCAGCCAACUCCAGUGAAGCCUGUUAUAAAGAAAGAGAACCAGUGGUUUGAUGUUGGAAUUGUGAAAGUGACAAAUAUGGUUGUUACCCACUUUUAUGUGCCAGGAGAUGAUUCGCAUGGAGAUGAUGACUCUGGCAUCAUGCCAGACUACAGCCAGAUGAAGAAAAUGGAGCUGCAGCCUGGAACUGCUUACAAGUUUCGUGUCGCUGGAAUCAAUGCUUGUGGCCGUGGAUCUUUCUCAGAGAUAUCUGCUUUCAAGACUUGCCUACCAGGCUUCCCAGGGGCACCCUGCGCUAUCAAAAUCAGCAAGAGCCCAGAUGGUGCACACCUGACCUGGGAGCCACCCUCGGUGACGUCAGGAAAGAUCAUCGAAUACUCGGUGUACUUGGCCAUCCAGAGCAGCCAGACAGCUGAAGCCAAGGCCUCAACUCCGGCACAGCUAGCCUUCAUGCGCGUGUACUGUGGGCCCAACCCAUCAUGCUUGGUGCAGUCGUCAAGCCUCUCCAAUGCCCACAUCGACUACACUACCAAGCCAGCCAUCAUCUUCCGUAUUGCCGCUCGCAAUGAGAAGGGUUAUGGCCCUGCCACCCAAGUUCGAUGGUUGCAAGAAUCCGGCAAAGAUGCUGCAUCGGCAAAACCAGCCCCGAAAAGACCAGGCACCUCUCCUGAUACCAAGGCUACUGGUCCAAAGAAAGCAAGGACGGAUCAGUGAGGUUGCCCAGAGAUCCCUCCCAGUCUUUUGUCCUUUUUUUCACUUGCUGUCCUUUUAUCAGGAAGACUGACCUUCACCCCUCCUCAUCCUCAUCGUCCUCUCAUCCUCCACCCCUCAAGUCUCAGAUCAGGACAGCAGUGGAGGCAGAUCAACUGAAUGAUGCUGAGAUGAAAGUCAAUCUGAGAUGUUUCUGUAGAUAAAAACCCUCCUUCCUCCUUGUUCUGUUGGUCGUACUAUUUUUAGAGCAACACAAACUUAGAAGCACAUUACCUUUUUUCAGUCACACCCCCCUCUAUCAUUUAACCUCUACUUUGGCUUGUUUCGGUAGUUGAGCAGUAUAGAAAAGCAUUUACAUCUUUCACAAACUGGCAGCCAGCCUGAGCGCAAUGUUAUAUAUAUAUUUUUUGUCUUUUUGUUUUGUGAAUCCUGGGGGUAUGUAGAGAGAGACUACAUGAAAUGAUGUUCAGAGAUGAAAAAGGCUGUGGAGGCACGAGUUUAGAUGAGAGGAAGAAUCGGAAUCAAAUAAAGCACUUGUCCUCUAUGAAAGAGGACAUCAUUUUUCUCCUUUUUUGCUGAAAACAAAUUUGCUUCAUCAACAACCAAGUCUAUAGUCCCCGUACUGGACUCCAGUCAACUGGUAAUGUCAUCACUGUGCGCUUUUAACCCCAAGAUGAGGACUGGUGGCCGACACUUCAGAAUGGACAACAAAGAAUGACAAAGGAAGAGGUUCAUAGAGAAGGAACGACAGACUUUGAUAGGACUGAGACUUGCAGCACACGCGCAAAAAAUCCUCCCAAAAAAUUAGCAAGCAAUGACACAGAAGAUCUUUUGUGUAGUUUAUUUUUGUAUUUUUUAAGCUUUUCUUUUCCUCCUGUGUGUAUGUGUAUGUUGAGUGCAUUUUAAAGAAGAAAAAAAACAUCACUUUUUUUUAACUGUUCAUCCCCAUAGUUUGUGUUCGUGGGAAGAUGGGUGGCUUUGUUGAGGUUGCCACUAUAUUUUUAAAAAUCUUCAUUCAGUUGGUUGUAUGUUCUUGAUGUUAACAGAUGGUAAUGAAAGAGAGAAAGAUUUUUGUAUUUGUUCCAAGUAGAACCGCAGAGGUGAUAGGACUGAAGGGAACUUUGAAGUGGACCCAGGGAGAGGAGAGUUUUUACUUUGUUUACUACUCAGUGUUUGUGUUGCUUUGUUUGCCAAAUCUGAAAUUUCACAGGGUAUGAAGAAAAAAACACCAUCAGAUCUGUUCAUGCCCUCCCCUUAAUAUCCCCAUCAGCUGUCCUACACUUUAUGCUCAUGAAUGUGGUCUCGCACCGCUUGUUUAAUUUUUGGAUGGAGGAAUUAUAUUAGUAGGCAUACUUUUCCUAUCCUAUUGAUGUUUGUGAAUCCAUUUAAUAAAUUUUUAAUUUUUGUCCUUCCACGGCUCUGUAUUUCAGACUACAGAUGGUGUGCAAGCUAACUUGACGUGUCAACCCGUAUGUUUUGGAAUGGGGAUAUCUUGGGAAGAAAGCUUAUAUGGCCGGAGUGUUCUCACCUGUAAAUUAGUUCGUUCAUAGAGCAAGAAUAAAACAAACAAAAAAAACAUCUUGGCCUUUUAUAUAAUUACCUGUAAGAAACCAUUUUUACAUGUUGGUCAUUUCUCGAUUGCCUUUUGUGUCUUUACUUAUAAAAGAAACAGUUAUAUAUAUAAAUAUAUAUAGUCUCCCUGAUUGUUCUGAUUUGAUUCUGUCAGGCUGAUUCACUGUAAAAGUCUGAUGCCAUGUUAGGUUCAUCACAAUACAACCGUGUACAGGGAGGAUGUUUCUGACUGGAUAUGAGUGUAAAUCUACUUUGUUAGGGCGGAUUCAGUUGUGAUGGAAACAGCCAGGACGAUCAGAGCCAAGGUUUUCGCUUGCCACCUUUUCUCUGGCUGGCACCUUGGUUUUUGUUUGUGGUUCCCCCCCCCCUCCCAAUUCCUUUCUAGAAAAUAACUUUCUCUUCAUAUGCAUUCAUAAUUUUUGUGCGUGUCAGUGUGUCUGUUGAACAAAACUAGACAUGCAUGCAAAAGCAGUGUAUUUUAGUAGUGAUGCCUUAAGUUAGACCAUAAGCUGAAGGUUCUCAAAAAAGAAAAAAACAUUUAAUGAGUUUGUUCCUCUCUCCAUGUGGUAUAAAAUUGUGUCCUUUCCUUCCACAGUACCUUUGCUGGGUCACUAUUUUUGCACCCUUGUUGGAUAGGUCAUCAUCAGCAGUCAGUGCCGGGGUCUCUCUGAACUUUCCCUCCCACACUGGGACGAGUGCUGCUCUCAGCACUCACAGGUGUUGCGAGUUUCUCUCGGCUGUUUGCAGGUUAUCUGGAAAUGUCCUGUAUUUUCCAAUGUGUGUUUUUUGUACUGUAGGGAGUAAUGUAUCUUUUAUCAUCAAAAAAUAAACAUGUUAAACAUA